GUCAAGCCGUAAUCAGAAGUUGUGACAUCAUGCGUACGAUGCAGUGGAUAUAAAAUCUCCGUCAAGAGUUGAACAUUUCUUAGUUUUGUGGGGACUUUCAAGCGAUAACGCGCCAACGUGAAUCACACGACGCGGUCGGUCUUCUCGACAAUUUGUGCGUGCACAUUAUUUUUUAUUAGAAGCUAGGAUGCUCUACGCUCUGAAGAUGGUGAGGUGUUGCAGAUUACUUAACACUAAACACAAUAUCGCGACUCGGUACGCGCGCGGAUUGCAGUCGAAUAGUUCGCAGAGGAAGAAACUCGAAGGAUUGCUUCCGCAAACGGAAGAAUUCCAGGUUAGGCAUAUCGGGCCUAGAGAACACGAGCAAAUCAAAAUGUUGCAGACUAUUGGAUACCGGAGUCUUGAUGAAUUAACGGAAGCGGCGGUGCCGGCUAAGAUUCUUCACAAGAAAGAUUUGAAUAUUAACGAGCCUCUUACCGAGUACGAGCUAAUGAAACGAGUCACGAAGAUUUCAGAAGAAAAUGAUGUAUGGCGCUCUUACAUAGGCAUGGGUUACAACAACUGCUGCGUGCCGCACACGAUUAUGCGUAACAUUUUUGAAAAUCCGGGGUGGACGACACAGUACACUCCUUAUCAGCCCGAGAUCUCGCAGGGCAGGCUGGAAGGUUUGCUGAACUACCAAACUAUGAUAUGUGAUUUAACCGGCAUGGAAGUGGCGAACGCCUCUCUCUUGGACGAAGGGACGGCAGCGGCGGAGGCUCUGACUCUCGCAUGCAGGUAUAACAGACGGAAGAAGCUGUUCGUCUCCGACAAGGCGCAUCCGCAGACCAUCAGCGUGAUCGCGACGCGCGCCACUUCCUUGGGCUUCACUCUGGAAAUCGGAGAUGUCUUUAGGGUGGACACGAGUGCGAGGGACAUCGCCGGUAUCCUUAUACAAUAUCCCGACACAAACGGCUGCAUACACGAUUUCACGGACAUUGUCCAGAAAGCGCAUGCCAACGGAACACUCGUGUGCUCUGCCACUGAUUUGCUGGCGAUGGCCGUGCUCCAACCGCCGAGUGAGUUCGGAGUCGACAUAUGCGUAGGCACCAGUCAACGUUUCGGGGUCCCUCUUGGAUACGGCGGGCCUCACGCUGGAUUCUUUGCGUGCCGGCAGAAGCUGGUACGGCUGAUGCCCGGUAGAAUGAUAGGCGUGACGAGAGACUCCAGCGGGCGAGAAGCUUACCGGUUGGCCCUUCAGACGCGCGAGCAGCAUAUCAGAAGAGACAAGGCCACCAGUAAUAUCUGUACCGCACAAGCUCUGUUAGCUAACAUGUCCGCGAUGUAUGCGGUGUAUCACGGACCUCAAGGUAUACGAAAUAUCGCGAGCAGAGUUCACAAUUUAACGUUGGCUCUUGUGGACGGCUUGGAAGCAGCGGGGAACUCGAUCAAGAAUAUAUACUUCUUCGAUACCAUCAGAGUGUCACCGAAGAUCCCUGUGCAAACUGUGAAGGAGAAUGCGAGGGAAGCUAAGAUAAACUUAAGAUACCACAACGAUGGUACAGUUGGGAUAUCUCUCGACGAGACAACGACGAUAGAGGACGUGAACGAUCUCUUCAAGAUAUUCUCGGCGAACACUACAGUGAAUAACGUCGUCAGGAAAGAGAAUUACCUCACGAGAAGUUUGGAUAAAACGGAGGAUUUUCAUCGUACCAUUCCGUACUUGCAACAUCCCGUCUUCAACAGUUAUCAUUCCGAGUCGAGGAUAGUCAGAUAUAUGAAAUCUCUGGAAAACAAGGAUGUAUCUCUUGUACACAGUAUGAUUCCAUUGGGUUCUUGCACGAUGAAACUCAACUCGACGACGGAAAUGAUGCCCUGCAGCUUGAAGGGCUUCACAGACAUACAUCCUUUCGCCCCGGUUGAGCAGGCCAAGGGUUACCAGCGACUAUUCGCCGAACUGGAGCGAGAUCUGUGCGCGAUCACCGGCUAUGAUGCCGUCAGUUUACAGCCGAACAGCGGGGCGCAGGGCGAAUACGCGGGCUUGAGGGCGAUUCAGUGUUAUCACGAGUCUAGAGGCGACAAAUGCAGGCAGGUGUGCUUGAUCCCGACGUCGGCGCAUGGCACGAAUCCCGCGUCUGCUCAAAUGGCGGGUAUGCAGGUGGAACCGAUAUCAGUACGCAAGGAUGGUUCUGUAGACAUGACGCACUUGACGGAGAUGGUCGAUAAGUACCAGCAGACGUUGUCGUGCCUGAUGAUAACGUAUCCGUCAACGAACGGCGUGUUCGAGGAGACGAUUGGCGAUGUAUGCGACAUAGUUCAUGCCGCUGGCGGGCAAGUGUACUUGGACGGCGCUAACAUGAACGCUCAGGUGGGGCUGUGUCGGCCUGGCGAUUACGGCAGCGAUGUGUCGCAUCUCAACUUGCAUAAAACCUUCUGCAUUCCUCACGGAGGUGGCGGACCCGGCAUGGGUCCUAUUGGAGUAAAGAAACAUCUUAUACCUUUUCUGCCGAGUCAUCCUGUAAUAAAUUGCUCGGGUAACGGCAACGGUAACAACGACAUCAGGAAUUUAGGUGCUGUGUCGGCCGCGCCUUUCGGAUCAUCCGCUAUUUUACCGAUCUCAUGGGCUUACAUCAAGAUGAUGGGGCCGAAAGGCUUACGCAAAGCUACGCAGAUAGCCAUUCUCAAUGCCAAUUACAUGAGCAAGAGACUAGAAGGAUAUUAUAAAACACUGUACAAAGGCGAGACCGGACUAGUCGCGCACGAGUUUAUUUUGGACGUGAGAGACCUGAAGAAGACUGCCAAUAUCGAGGCAGUUGAUAUUGCGAAGAGACUGAUGGACUAUGGUUUCCACGCGCCGACCAUGAGCUGGCCCGUAGCCGGGACUUUAAUGGUCGAACCGACUGAAUCCGAGGACAAGACUGAACUGGAUAGAUUUUGCGAUUCUUUAAUCUCCAUAAGAAAGGAGAUUGCCGAUAUCGAAGGAGGAAAAUUAGAUAUAGUACAGAAUCCUCUGAAAAUGGCACCUCAUACACAGGAACAAGUGAUCACGAGCGAGUGGAAUCGUCUGUAUUCGCGAGAGUUGGGGGCUUUCCCUGCUCCGUUUGUGCGAAAAAACAAGAUUUGGCCUAGCGUCGGCAGGAUAGACGACAUAUAUGGCGACAAGAAUCUAUUCUGUACAUGCCCGCCUAUCUUGCCGGAGCAGUAGAUGCUACAUCACUGCAUGCUACACAUGUACAGUUAGCUUUGUAUAAUAGGACUAAUUAAAUAUUUAUUAUCACUUUCAUACACAAAUAUAUUAUUUAUAUAAAACAUUAUAAUCUGAGAAGAGUAGUUAAAAUAUAACGAAAAUAUUUUUUUUAAUGAUUUGAA